CAAUAUAGUUGGAUUUUGAAAAUUUGACAAUAUGGUUUUUGAAAUAAAAAAUAAGGUUGCUUUGGUCACUGGAGGAGCUUCAGGAAUUGGCUUUGAGUAUUGUAGGGAGUUGUUAAAAAAUGGUGCAAAAGCUGUUACCAUUGCUGAUGUAAACGAGGCUUUGGGAGAUAAUGCGUUAUUGGAAGUAAAAAAAGAAUUUGGAGAAAAUAGAGCAAUUUUUGUUAAAACUGAUGUAUCCAAUAAGGAAGAGUUUGAGAAUGCCUUUAAGAAGACCGUGCAAGCCUUUAAAAAUAUAGAUAUUCUCAUAAAUAAUGCUGCAGUUUUUGAUCCACCUUGGGAAAGAAUUGUAGCAGUAAAUGUGAACGGAACCAUAAAUGGCAACCUUCUAGCCCAAUCAUACCUCCCGAAACACAGAACCUCCGAAGACCAAGCGGCCCUAAUAGUUAACGUGGGCUCCAUGGCAGGGCUAAAUCCGUACAGCCUUUUGCCGGUGUACUCGGCCACCAAGUUCGCUAUACAGGGCCUGACUCGAACCUUGGGCGACCCCAAAUUCAACGACUGCACCAAAUUGAGAAUCAUCGGUAUUUUCCCCGGCGCCACAGACACUCCGAAGAUGAAACUGUUUGCCCUCGAGCACAAGUGGGAGGAGAAAGGAUAUGAAAUGCAGAGUCCAAAGCAGUGUGCAGAGGCGGCCAUGGUAGCCUUAAAAAACGCUGAAAGUGGUUCCAUAUGGGUGGUCGACGAAGGCAAAACUUAUGAAUACAAAUUCUCGAACUAACAGCAAAAAUACUAAAAAAAAAACACUUGCACUUUGAUAUAUUUUAAUUAGUCACAAUACCUACUAAAUAAAAAAACUAGUUUAACAAAACAUUAAAGUUAAAAACGAAAAUGUGAGAAGUAGUACAGCUAUUAAUAAAGUUUUAAAUAAAAGACCUG